AUGUACUGUAUUUAUAUUCAUCUUUCUUUGGAUAUUUGUCUUUACCGUAUCAUUAUUUAUGAAAUAAUUCUGAGCUCAAUUUGGUCAAUUUUUGUGUGUCUUUUUACAUUUACCAAAUUAAUAUUGUAUUUUAUUCCUGCAUGUAAGUCAUUAUCUCGGGCCGACGUGAUGAUUUCAAAUGAAACAGACAUUUACUCUGAGAAUGUGUUUCUCUGCUAUCCACUGCUGCCAGACUCCUGUCCAAGAGCUCAUCGUCUUACUGUCCUUAAAGUGGCAAUGUAUGUUUUCAUGGUGCUGAUGAUCCUCACAACAGUUUUUGGGAAUCUGCUGAUCAUCAUCUCCAUCUCUCACUUCAAACAGCUGCAGUCUCCAACUCACAUGAUCGUUCAAUCUCUGGCAGCUUGUGAUUGUCUGCUGGGCUCUUUGGUCAUGCCGUACAGCAUGGUGCGAUCUGUUGAAGGCUGCUGGUAUCUGGGAGACGUUGUGUGUAAAGUGCAUUCUAGUUUGGACAUGACUUUCAGUAUCUCUUCCAUACUGCAUCUCAGUUUAAUAGCUAUUGACAGGUACUGGGCCAUUUGUGAUCCUUUAAGGUAUAAAAUGAGAGUCACAAACAACACUGUGGCUGUAUUUAUUGUCUUCACAUGGCUGUUUUCAUUUGUAUACAGCUUCUCUGUUGUGUUUUCAGGGGUAAACAACAUUGGUUUGGAAGAACUCAUAUUGCAGAUUUCAUGUUUUGGUAGCUGUGUUCUAUUUUUUAACAAAGAAUGGGGCUUAAUUUGUGCACUUUUUGUGUUCCUAAUUCCAGGAACUAUCAUGAGCUCUCUGUACUUGAGCAUUUUCAAUGUUGUGAAAAAACAUGCAAAGGUUCUGUCAGAGAAAGUGUCCGUUGCCCCCAGUGUAGGCGGUAAUUGCCAAACCUCUUCACAGAGAGAGAGAAAAGCAGCUAAAACUCUGGCCAUUGUUAUGGGUGUUUUUUAUCUCUGCUGGCUGCCUUUUUUUACCGCCACUGCUAUUGAUCCUUUCCUUAAUUUUGUGACUCCUGGUGUUGUUUUUGAUGCUUUAGUUUGGUUUGGAUACUUUAACUCCACCUGUAACCCCUUGAUCUAUGGUUUCUUCUACCCUCGCUUUCAGAAGGCCUUUAAGACUCUCAUAUCCGCUUAUAUCUGUGGCUUCAAUGAGUCACACACCUUGACAUUUGAAUGAAUAUGAAAUUAUAUAACCUUUAUUAGACAUUGAAUUAUAUAUAAAUGUGUAUAUAUACAUUUAUAAUAACUUUUUGCACUUGUGCAGGUUUAAUAAUAAUAUUGUAAUUUUCAUCCGUUAGAGUGAAGAUUUAAUUGCAUUUUUAUUACCCACUAGUCCGAGUAUGAUUAAAACUUUUGCUUAUUUAAGUUUUCUUAAACUCCCAAUAAAAUUUAUUUUUGGCCUGUCAUAAGCCUGUUGAAGGAUCUUUCAGUCUUUUGUAAUGAUUUAGAUGGAAGCAAAUGUAAAUCAAUGACCAUUAGCAAUACAUCAACCAUAGUUUCUAAAAUACACACACAAUCAAAAGUGUCUUCCAUAUAAAGAAUAAAAAGCUAAUGACUAGUAA